AGUGUGCUGUCAGGUGUAUGUGGAGUUUGAGUCUUCAGUCAGUCUGUAGGUUGUGCUGCCUGCUGCUGAUGGAGAGACUCGUGUGAGAAUGUCAUGUUUCAUUCGGCGAUCAUCGCUUUAGUUCAGCUGGAUGUGUUGAUCGAUCAGUUUGCGCACAGAUCCGCUGGAUAACGCGCCAGUGUUCAUUUCCAGGCGGAAUUACUAUCCCAGGCUGAUCCAAUUUUACACCGCAGACUUUUAGAUGGUGGCUCAUUUUAGAGCGAGGUACGUUUGACGGUGGCGCACCUGACCACAGCCCCUAAGUUCGAGUCAUCAUGGCAGCUGGAGUUGCGGCAUGGCUUCCCUUCGCCCGAGCAGCUGCCAUUGGCUGGAUGCCAGUGGCAAACUGCCCUAUGCCCCUGGCACCCAGGGAUCAAAGCAAGAGGCAAGAUGAGCUCAUCGUCUUGAACGUCAGCGGGCGCCGUUUUCAAACCUGGAGGACUACGCUGGACCGCUACCCGGACACGCUUCUCGGGAGUACCGAGAAAGAGUUCUUUUAUAAUGAGGAGACCAAGGAGUACUUUUUUGACAGAGACCCAGAUGCCUUUCGAAGUGUCCUCAACUUUUACCGCACGGGGAAGCUGCACUAUCCUCGAUACGAGUGCAUCUCAGCCUACGAUGAGGAGCUUGCAUUUUUCGGCAUCAUUCCUGAGAUUAUCGGUGACUGCUGUUACGAAGAAUACAAGGACCGUAAGCGGGAAAAUGCUGAGCGACUAAUGGAUGACCAGGAGGAGAACAAAGACGUCAAACUGCCCAACAUGAACUUUCGAGAGACCAUGUGGCGAGCCUUCGAGAACCCCCACACCAGCACCAUGGCAUUGGUGUUCUACUACGUGACCGGUUUCUUCAUUGCCAUUUCCGUCAUCACAAACGUGGUGGAGACGGUCCCGUGCGGUUCCACACCCAACCAAAAAGAUGUGCCGUGCGGCGAACGUUAUACCGUGGCGUUCUUCUGCAUGGACACAGCCUGCGUAAUGAUCUUCACCGUGGAGUACCUCAUGCGCCUCUUCGCUGCACCCAGUCGCUACCGCUUCAUGCGAAGUGUGAUGAGCAUCAUUGACGUGGUGGCCAUCCUGCCCUACUACAUCGGCCUGGUGAUGACCAACAAUGAAGACGUGAGCGGUGCAUUCGUCACCCUGCGAGUCUUUCGUGUCUUUCGCAUCUUCAAGUUUUCCCGCCAUUCCCAAGGGCUGAGGAUUCUGGGAUACACGCUAAAGAGCUGCGCCUCUGAGCUCGGCUUUCUCCUCUUCUCGCUUACCAUGGCCAUCAUCAUCUUCGCCACGGUCAUGUUUUAUGCAGAAAAAGGAUCCAGCUCCAGUAAAUUCACUAGCAUUCCAGCUUCCUUCUGGUAUACCAUUGUCACCAUGACCACACUUGGUUACGGAGACAUGGUGCCCAAGACGAUCGCCGGGAAGAUUUUUGGUUCCAUCUGCUCGCUGAGCGGGGUGCUGGUAAUAGCUCUGCCCGUGCCCGUCAUUGUGUCCAACUUUAGCCGAAUCUACCAUCAGAACCAGAGGGCAGAUAAGCGGCGUGCUCAGAAGAAAGCCCGUUUGUCCCGGAUAAGAAUAGCCAAGAUGGGCAGCUCCAAUGCCUACCUGCAGAGCAAACGCAAUGGACUCUUCAAUGAGCUGUUGUAUCUGACGGGUUCAGAAGGAGAGGAACUGCACCGGAGUAAGACGACAUCUCUACUGGAGAGUCAACACCACCACCUAUUGCACUGCUUAGAAAAAACAACUGCCCACGAGUUUGUAGAUGAGCAGAUGUAUGAGCAGAACUGUACAGAGAACCCUCUACAGAGUUUCCCUUCCCAGAGUCCAUCUCUCUCCAGUCACGAGGGCUUCACCAGCACGUGCUGCUCGCGACGCUCCCACAAGAGUAUCCCGCUGCCCAAUUCCAGCAUGUCCACCACACACACGCACAUGCACUCGCAAGGCCUGCAGGAGCUAAGCGCUAUUGACAUUCAGUGUGUGGAGCAGCCCUGCCAUGGCACAAGCCGUUCCAGCCUCAACUUGAACCCAAAUGAGAAGAGUCAACUGAACAAUAGAGCUCAACAGAUCACCACAGCCAUCAUCAGCCUGCCCUCACCACCCCCGCUGACCUCCGAUGGGGUCGGACACGGACCACCCAACCCUCCCGCCACCAUCAGCACCACCGUUAGUUCGAACAUCGUCAAGGUGUCUGCCCUGUGACCCUUCCGACCGGGGAUGAACUUUAGCAUGACAGCGUGUGGCAGAACUGUUACGACAGAGGGCUCUGACACAAACAGAUCCACUGGCUGGACAUCGUAGGGUAGAACCAUAGAUGCCAAAUGGGGGGUGGGUGGCGUAUGAAAAGAGGCCAGUGCAGUUUUACAAGUUACUUUAUUAUGAGCCAAUAAGAGAAGAAAUGUGUCUCAGCGUUGGUAAUUCACUUCCAAGAAAGGACGGCGGUAUUUACACCAAAAUGUUAGCGCAGAGAUUACGUGACUGGGUAAAGAAUGGUACUGUGACGUCUCAACGAGUGAAAGUGAUGUUGUGUUUAAACAUUUCAUUACAGUUUGGUUGUCCGUCAGUCUUUACGAUAGGCACACGACAUGUGCGACAAUCGAAGUGAUUUGAUAUUGUGUGAUAUUCACAAGGUCCCGUGGAGAUCUGUGUUAGUAAGUUUAAAUAUGGCUCUGUUCCCAAACCAAGUGAGUUGCCUGUGUAGACAUCAGUGAACUCUGUUUAAAAAAACAACAUCGCAUGUAUCUUUCAUGGAUAAGGCAAUUCCUUUGUGCCUUGUGAUGAGCUCCGUAAAAAUAAACGGACAAAUUGCAAAUCGAGAUGAAGAGAAAUGCUAAUUGUAUUUUUCACCAAUAGAAAAUAACCAGGAAAAAAAUCAGUGUCAUUAAAAAUGGACUGUUUAACUUAAUAUUUGUGAGUUUCGUGCAUGUUUUUGAUCAUAUCGUUAGCUUAGCAACAUACUAUUGGCAAACUCUUUUGAAAUCUGUUGUGGGCGCCUCUUUUAAUUCUCAUGAAACAUGUGUAUGAUGCACAUAACGUGAGUCUAUUGGUUCUCAAUCUUUUUCAUCUAAAUUUCUACCCAGUAUAAUAUUUUAGAGCAUGACAUUAACUGGAAAACUUUAUUAAUUAUAAAAAUGGCCAAAUAAUAAGAAAGCUCUUGUUUUUAAAUAGAUUUUUUGGUCUAUUUUUUAAUAUUAGUGCCCCCCUUGGAAGUCAGCUGGAACCCCCUAGUGGGCCACGGCCCUCCUGAUGAAAACCACUCAUCUAGAACAUUCCAGGGUUCGAAUUGAGGGGGGGGGGCUGGGGCAUUCCCGGACCCCUCAUAAGGUCUAAAAUAAUGAACUUGAUGGUCCCCUGGUUUGUCAUUAAAACUAGUUUACUAAAAACCCCAAAUAUUGUUUUGUCAAAUUAUCACACUGUCCAUUAUUUCUCCAAAUUUCAUAAGACGCGAAUUAAAAUGACAUUUUUAUCUGAAAAAUCCAUGCAUGUUCAAGCACCGUCACACCGAGACACUGGCCGCGUGCGGAUCCUCUCAUGUUGAAAGCGUUUAUCUUAAAACUCAACAGUUACUAUAGUUUUGAUAUGCAAGUCUUUCUUUAUAUGUAUGAUGUUAUCUUACAUUGUCAAAACGGAUGCGAAGCGGUACUGAGCCACUAAAGGGAAAAAACGAAAUAUUUUAAAUCCUUUGCUCUCCCCGAGAACUUUGCGUUCCUUUUCAAAACUUUUGCGUUUCUCCAAGAAUAUUUUUCUUCCCUCAGAAAACCUUUUAGAUUAUUUUGCGCUACCUUCUGCAAACAUGAGCUCCGACUUUGACGAGAAGGCUACCCUUCUGCUUUAGCCCAAAGGAAUGACAUUAGUUUUUCUUGUUCUGCAUAGGUUCAUAUGGAUUAUUUUCAUGAACUUUAUCUAUAGAUAAAUCACGUUUAAAAUGCUCAUACACUUCUGCAUACCAUGACUGGCUGUUUGGCAGCACUGUACAGACCGUCACUACUGACUUUGACGCGUCCUCUCCCUCACUCGCUCCAUGGAUUUUUUUUAUUAAUAUUCCAAAAAAAGGGAACAGCGCUGCAUUAAAAUAAUAUAAAAAACAACAAUCAAAGAACAAGGAAAUAAAUAAAAAAAGGAAAAUAAAAGGAAAGGAAAAUCUCAAUUAGUAAGAAAAAUGUUAUCAUAAAUUUUGAAAAAUGUGUUACUUUAAGAGAGAUCCACAUGAGUUAAAGAUUUAAAGAAUUAUUAAGUAAUGUGGUCAAAUUACUGUGAUCCAAACUAUCAUGUGAUUGAUUCUUGUACUGGCAGCGCCGUGUUUUUUUUGUUUUUUUGAGGGCUGGUUAGGGGACCCCCAAGAGCUUUGAUACAAUAUGAACAUUCUAAAGUCACUUUUAUUAAGUCUGUUAUAAUUAGGAUGCUACCUUAAAUGGCAGUGGACAAGGUAACUCACUAGGUUUGGAACAAGGCCUUGUGUAUGUUUGGAAAAUACUUUUAUGUACCACAAUCAGCCAGAUGAACUUUAUAGAAGCGACAGAUAUUCACAACGAUAUUUCUUCAAUCAAUUCAAUGAUUGUGAUUUUGUGUGUGUGUGUAGAGUAUGUGGUCUAGCCCAACCCGUUCUCACUACCGACUUGUCACAUAUUGAUGCUCGGUCAGCGCACCUUGGCAUCACUUUUUAACACACAGGAUACCCCUUUGUCAUCGUUUUUAGACGAGCAGGGAACUGCCUUGCUGUUCGCUAAUGCUCCAGACCGAGAUGCGUGGAAUUCUAAGCAUUUCAUAAUUAUUUGUGGUUUCAAUAUUUUGGAGCACCCAAUCCCACCCUAAACCUAAUCACUUCUCAACCAUAUAAAACACAACACACAAAUAAAAGUACAGUCACGGGUAUUUCUUGCACAAAUUGACCAAAUAAGACAGUGUUAAAGUAUUACAAACAACUUGUGAACACUUUUUGCACUGAAGCCGUACGAUAACUUCAUAUGAAGAUGCCGUGUUCAUUAAAAAAAUAAACCGGAACAUUAGCUAGAUGCGGUCGAUCGCGGGAGCCAAUACCGUUUCACGUACAAAGCCAACGAAAUGACGCGAUUGGUCACGAGACACGGGUGAGCCAAAGGCAUCGAAGCUGACGUAACUCUUCUUUUGGCAGCAAUUUUGAACGUCUGUUGUUCGACUCACCGGAUCUGAGAUUCCCAAUCACGGCGGACGGUGAUCGCUUCCGCAUCUGUUCCUCAUACACAUUACUCAUAAACACAAUUUUCCUGUCUGUUAAAGGUGCAGUCUACUGGCCGUUUUUAUUGUUUUAUACUAUUGUCUAAUGUCUCCUUAUGACGUUCGCCUGGCUUUUACAUUCGAAAACAUCAAAAUCAAUAAGUAAUAGGCUAUUUUCUACCCUGGUUUUGAGGCCGGCUGGAGAAACGCUCGGUUUUUAAGGGCGGGCCGCAAAGAAGACUUGCAAGUAAACGCCCACUGCUAUGAUUGGAUAGCAGCUUGCGUAGUUGACUUAGUUGGAGCCUUCUGUGAAUUUGGUUAGACACGUAACGCUACGUAACUUGAUUUUAAUCAAAUUUACAGACUUAUUUCCCGGAUGUGAUGGCAAGCGAAAAAACGCUCAAAGUUUUCCCCACGUGAGCUGGAACGCCUUUAAAAAUGAACUUCAACCACGCAUUACUACUGUCGGAAUCUGAAGGAAGGUUAUGCAGCGACUGUGUUCUUCCACAACCAGGCACUGCACAUCUUUAACGGCACGAUGCUUACACUCGCUCUAUCUGGUUCCGUGCAGCUUGUGUUCAGUUCUGUCAUGCGCAAACCAGUGGGCGGGGCUAGAGAAGUAAGCGUUGAUAUUCUUAUGUGGAGGCGGUGUUCAACCUAGAUAGGUUCCAGGACCUGCCGUUCGCUGAGCCUCGUGUCAAUAACAGUUGUUAUUUCAGUAACAAGGGCGUUUUACAGGAUGUUCGCUGGAAUACGAUUCCCUCUUAUAUAACAAAAGCUCGGGUUAAAAUUGUGGUCCUAGUUCACUGCACCUUUAAACUUAAAUCAAACCCCAAAACAUCAUCAUUGCAAAUGUUAUCCAAUACACAAUUUCAUAACGAUGGUAAAAUUUGCGUGCCCUGCAUGUCGAAAAUGACUCCAAAGGGGUAAAAAGUGACACCGAGGAGCACUGACCGAACGUCAGUAUGUGACGAGUCGGGAGUGAGAAUGUGUUGGUCUAGCCUAAUGUCCAUUCCUCACUCUCAUUUCCAUAAUUUAUCUUUCCUUUCAGUUUUCUUUCACACUUGCAGGUGUUUUUCUUGCUCAAUAUGGAAAAACUGAUUUGAAUGGCUUAUUUUCUUUGCAGUUCCUUGGCACCGGCUCUCAAUAGUUCUCUUCCUUAAUUUCAGUAUGUUGAUGUUGCGAUUUUAACAGAUCCUUCAGCUUAUAUGAACAGUAAUACACUAUACAGCACUUUAGAGAUAUGAGAUUAUUGAGCUGGAAAAUGUUAAACUUGUUUUUGUCAGUUUAUUGUGUCCGAUUAAUUUCCUAUUGCAUAGGGAAAGAUUCUACCAAAUUAUUGUUUAAUGUGAAGAUCUUGUACAAAAAUGAUGAGGUGAUGUACACUAUUUCAGAGGUAUUUUUAAGUAUGGUUUAUGUACAGAUCACAUGUUAUUGAUCAGUGAUACAGAGUACAUGUAUUAUCAGGCACGUUUUCCACAAACCGGGUACACUGCGGUGUUCAAUUAAAUAAAUGCCUUUGAAAAGCGAUUAGUUAAGCCAGAUAAACUAUCAUCCAACAAUAAACAUUUCCUAACAUGAAACCUCAUGCUCCCACUAAAACUGAUUUAGGCCUGUGCCAAUUCAGGGGUCUUGGCCUUCUUACACAACCUGUCUCCAGCUAUUAAAAUCAUACAACAACACUGUAAAAAAAUCACACAUUUCAGCUGCCUUCAAUUUUUAAGUUAAAUAAAAUUAGUUUUAUGAGCCGAUUGAACUAGAUUUUUUAAGUCAAUUAAGUCAAUAUAAUUGAAGUUUAAUUGACUCAUAAAGCUAAUUUGAUUUAUUUUAAAAACUUAAUUUAAACAGCUUCAAUACAUUUUGAAGUUGUUUUUUAUAGUGAAUGCCAACUGUGAUGCAGGCCAUGGUACAAAUAAUUUGUUUCUCAGUAUGUACCUUUGAGGUAUUAAUUUGUACGUGCCAAGUGCAAAAGUGUAUUUUUAAAGGGUACAGCCCCAGUGAGACAUUAUGUACCAUUUUUCUGAGAGUGCAUUACAUAAAAUAUGACCAACUUAAAAUAUUGUACCCCAUCAGCCGGUUAAGAAAAAGUGAUCAAACAAAUAAUGUAUUGUUAUCUAGUCACGUUAUGUGUACUGUAUUACCUGUUUGACUCAAGUAUUUCUUCUAUUUAAUUUAACAUUUGUUUAAAUUAAAAUGCCUGAAUUUUAAUUCUGGUAACAGGGUGCAAACCUCAUCUAUUUUCUACCCUGUGUGAGUAAGUACUUAUUCUGCCUUCACAUGCUCUCUGAAAUGUGAUAAUUCGCACUUCUGGGUCCAGUUGCAUAAACAUAGCCGCCAAGUUAAGACCGAGUCGCAACCUUCCGGUCUCUCUCGUGAAAGCCAACACGGAAGUGACUUUAAUUGCAAUUUAUCGACUUGCCGCUAGAGACUGGCUCCAAAAGAGAGCAGAAUCUCAUUGAUCCCCAUGUUAAAAUGGGCAAUUUACAGCAGAAAAAUGUUUACAGCCUGGUACAAAAAAUUAUUUUGGUCUAGAAAGCUAAUUUUACCCUUCAUGAAAACUGUGAGGAGGGUGAAUUUUUGUAUAACUCACCCGUUUAACUUCUAUUAAGCCUUAACACUUUUUUUUACUUUUUAUGUAACUGAUUUGAAGAAGUUAUGACCAGUCUUGAAGAAAAAAUGAGAUAACUUGUAAGGCUAGUCUAAGCAGUUUAUGCAACCGGCCCCUGAAGUCGUGAUUCCGAGCUUGUUGUGUUCAAUUGCUUUGUUGUCAGUAAGAAUGGAGGACGCCUGAUCAAUGCUUGCGUGUGUUUUGGGAAAAUGUUAUAUGGUGUUAGUUUUAAACCAUACAUAUCUGUAUUACUGUUGCUGGUUAAAAUUGGAAAUCUCUUUAGAUAUCUGAAUUUGUCUGUUGUCAAUGCAGCAGGAAAACGGAAAGUGUAGAUCAAAGUUGUGUUUUAAGUCUUUUCCUUGCCAUAAAUCAAUCCUCAUAGCUCCUACUUUUGCCUGUUUAUCAGUUCUGUUACAUCUGUUUUGAUGUCUGUUGUGUAGCCUAUAUUAUGUAAGUUGUUGUUUCUAAUUUAUGACUUUGUCUUGUGGUUUCUUCAAAGGAUCUGAUAAAAGCUUCAAACUGCAACCAAAAAUUAAUGUCCAAUUGUUUCUACAACAAAUGAAAAAGGUUGAGUGCGUUUUCAUAGCUGGAGCGAAAGAAAUGUGUUGUUCAGAGAAUUAAUGGUCCGGUGAUUCGCCGGCAUCUAGUGGUGAGACUGAAUAGCAACGAACAGCUCACUCAAUACAAUUGUGGCACAGAUCAUGGAAUUCAUCCAGGGCUUUUGGACACAGUACUUUUUUAAAUUUAAUUGUUAAUGAAA